GCCCUUCUCUCCGUCACUUCCCUGACAAGCUUCACGUUUUCCCACUGUGACCUCAGACUGUCGUUGAACUAAUGUACGCCACCUAUCUAUAGCUUCACCGACAGCCGGAGGCGAAUCAUAUUAGCCCAUUAAAUUAACUGACCACUUAAAUUUUUUGUUUUACCUCCGACUUUUUGUCCACGCACAGACCAGAAGGAGUCAUGGCCGAGAUCGACGAGCUGUCCCCGGCUGCGGGCCCGGUGUCCAUCCGGCCACCUGAGGACGAGAUCGACGACGAUGAGGAUGAAGAUGUAGGUUGCUAGUUUUUGUGAGGAACCUUUGAAGGGUUAAAGAACUAAUGAACUUAAAGUUAAACUGUCUUUUGAUCAUGUUUCAGUUUUUAUCGCGAGUCAUUGCUGAUUGCAUGAACCCCACAAGGCUAACAUGCUGGCUAACCAGCUGCCUGUAGUGGCUGUUAUGCCUUAUUUUGUCAAACAUGACAUUUUAAGCAAAUAACCUUGUCGAAGCUUCCAAAGUCAACUGUUUUUUUUCUAAUUACCUUUCAUGUAGAAGUCCUAAAUUCUUACAAAUUUGCAUGGAUGUGUCGAAAUUGAUACUGACGAGUAGGGCUGGGUGAUAUGGGAAAAAGUUUAUCACGAUAUAUUUUUUUCAUAUUAGUCGUUAUCGAUUUGUAUCACCAUCUAAAAAAUGAAAUUUUACAGUGCUUAUUGGUAGCAUGUCUUUUGCAAUGCAGUAAGCUACUGCAUCUGUGAGGUCUUUGUGUCUCUAAGAUGUUUUGUCGCGAGCCGUUGCGUUAAAGAAAGCGAACUAAAUGGUUGGCUGUUUCGGCUGCAUAGGCGCCAUCGGCUCCUUGCUCCGCUCAAGGUUUGAAGUGCUGUUGGCUUCAUGUGUUAAAGUGAUAUAGUUGCGUGUAGCUGCAGCCUGCUACUACACAGUUGUUUGCCGCUUGGUUCUAAUUCAGCACAUGAUUGGUUCGGCUGGAAGCUGACUUGGAGCAACUCCCCUUUUCAUUGGCUAUUCAUAAAGUCUACCAAAACAUGGCAGAAUGCUGACUAUUGAAAAGCAUAUUUACCAUGUUUCAUAUUGAUAUUGAAGGAAAUUAAUUUUUGGUAUAUAUCAUUAUAAUUGUAUUGCCCAGCCCUACUGAUAAGUUGUUGAUUCAUUAUCAGUCUAUUUUCUCUUUUAGUUCGAUGAGACGCUCAUGGAGAGGUUGUGGGGCCUGACGGAGAUGUUUCCUGACACAGUUCGCACAGCUGCUGAGAUGUCUGCACAGUGUUCUGUAUCGCUGGCAAAGAAGUUUUACAGGUAUUUGCUUUCAACCGAUUUUAUCUCACAUAUUGUGCAUUAUUUGUUGUAUGUCUAAGCAGAACAGAACUACAAAUUAACUGUUCAUGUAAGAGGUUUGAUUUAAGCUGCAUUCAUUGAAUAUGACGGGCGUUCUUUUAGAGCCAUACUUUCGUUGUUAAAAUUACAGCAUAUCCUAAAUUACUGGAAGGUAAUCUCUGACAUGGUGGAUCACUUUUUUCAGCUUUUCUCGCUCGGCUCUCUGGGUUGGAACUACCUCUUUUAUGAUCUUAGUGCUGCCUGUUGUGUUUGAAACGGAAAGACUACAGCUAGAGCAGCAGCAGCUACAACAGCAAAGACAGGUGAGUGUCUCAAAGGCAUGUGGUGUUUACAAUUGUAGUUUUGACCCUUUUUGGUGCAGGAGCAACUACAAAAACUUAAUAGGCAUGGAUAAGUAAGAUGCAGUGAUAUCAGUUCAGUGGUACAAGUGAAAUAGGCAAAAAGACAAUAUACACAUCCAUAAACAGCCUCAAUUACAAACUCUUUCCUCCCUAGAUCCUGUUGGGACCCAACACUGGAAUGUCUGGCGGGAUGCCAGGCAUGAUGCCUCCUGCACCUGGUAAGAUGUGAGAGACCGUGAGGAACCAGCAUGAACCUGAAAUCCACUGCUAGUGACACAGCAUGGCUGGCCACAAGGAGAGAAAGAGAGACUUUGGAGAAUAGCAAUGGACUGCAGUUAAAUGUGAAAAAAGAAAAAGCUGUAUGUCGGUAGCACAACAUUUCACCCUCUGCAACAUAACGGAUGAGCUGCUGGAGGAUGUGGCGUUUCUCACACUUCUCCCUCACUGUCUCUCCUUACUCUUCAUGUAAAGACUUUCUCUCCCAGGAGCACGGCUUCUUUUUUCUGUUUUUCUCUUUUUUUAAAAACAUAUUCCUUUAUCAACAAAUGGCUUAAAUUGAAUGAAAAAUUUGGGAGGUUUGUAAUUUUUUUUUUGUGUUGGUGUGAAAAACAUUGUGCACAUUAUUUGGAAGGAUGUUGGAUUUGGUUAUCAUAUUUUGGCAGGCUCAUCUUUUUUUAUGGAGAGUUAUGUGAAAAGAAUACCUAAUGCAUUGUAGAGGGUACCAGAUAAUAUAAAUUGUUGAAGUUGGAAUGGCUGGUUGAAGUUCCACCAUAUAAAUGACAGCCUGUGCGGUGCAGUGUGCAUUUCUGUCUUUACAAUCAUUACAGCUCCUUAUUGUACCAUAGAUAGCUAUACACUAAGAGGGCAAUGCCUCUUACUUCAUACAACAGUAACAUGUUCUGUUUCACUGCUAUUGAACAAUGGAAUGUAAUGUAACAACUCCAGGUCUCAUGCUGUGCAAUUAUUACUAGGUAAUUUUUACUUUUCCAUAGCGUCAUAAAUGUAAUAAGUUUAUCAUUUAUAAGGGGACAUGUAAUAGGUUUUCAGGAAGAAUUAUGGCAGUGUUGGAAGAUUUAGUUGUGUUGUUAUAUGUCCAGUCUUAAGAAAGUGUUAUUCUCUAUGUCAUACAUCGUCACCCUAUUAAAAUAAUGGCCUAAGUCAUUUUUUGGCAAAAAUGAGAUUUUGGCCUAAAUCAUCUCUUGAUUGUAGCUAAGAGACGGAUUAAUUGUCCAGCCAAUUAAUUAGGCAGAUUCAUGGUGUUUUGACAUAAUCAACACCAUAUCAUCUCUUGAGAUGAUUUAGAGAUGAGUUAGGCGAAAAACUCCCUUUCGUCAAAAAUUACUGAGGCCAUUAUUUUAAUAGGGUGACAACAUGUGAUAACACACAAUCAGUUGACUGUUCAGUAAGCAAAGCCAUGUCUGUUUUGUGUCAAACAUGACUGCAGCAAUUAAAACACCCUAUCAAAUGUACA